AGUUACAUUUUCUUUGUGUACUUGUCGAGUACGACCUUGAGUGCAUUUGGUUCGACACUGCUACUCAAACAGUUUGUUACUGCACUUCUCUUGACUCUUUCAAGGAACGCAAGCAACAACAUUCUCUUUCUCAUCAAAUGCAGACUUGAUCCGAGAACUUGCAUAGGAAGGGAUAUAUAGUCUUCCUCUGAAUACCGCGAAUGUUUAACUUUUGCGACAUCAACACUGAUCAGACUUCUAUCAUAUCGAAUGACAUCUGCCUUUUACUGCUUUAUUUGUUGUAGUCUCGCCACUCAUAUCAGAGCUAGCCUCCGUCAUGUCUCCCAAGAGCGAAACUUGCGAUGCCGGAAAAUGUACGCCCAAAGAACCGUCUCACGAGGUGCUCAGGAUGCCUUCCUUCUACCAACGCCAACUUCCCGACACAUGCGUUGCCUUUGCUUCGCGGCAGGGCAAGAAGUUGUUCAGGAGUGCUCUUGAGAACAAUGGUUUGAAAUCAUUUUACAACCUCAUUGAACAACACCACACUCAAACAGAGCCUGCGUAUUGUGGUGUCAGCACUCGUGAGUAUCGGGUCAUUUUGGUUGUUUGUUCGAACUUUUCAGUCAUAAUCGUUUUGUGUUUCUAAAUCCGGAACUACGCAUGGUCAAUCUUUUGAUUACUAUUGUCCUCGACUUUCAGUGGUAAUGACCCUGAAUGCCCUUGCGGUUGAUCCUGGCCAGCAAUGGAAAGGUGUUUGGCGAUGGUAUACAGAGAGCAUGCUAAAUUGUUGUGUGGACCUAGAAGAAAUCAAAAAGGACGGGAUCACUUUAAGAGACUUUCAAUGUCUCGCACACUGCCAAGGAUUGUCGGUAGAAUCACGUUAUUGCGACGAGACGUUCAGUUUGAACGAAUUUCGACGAGUGGUAGAACGAGCAUGUAUUGAACAAUCGGUGGAAGAAGAAGACGAAUUGGAACACAACGGGGAAGACGAGAACCAACUUUUGGAAUGCUUGAUUGUAUCCUACAGCCGAAAAACUUUGGGACAAACAGGAGAUGGUCAUUUUUCUCCGCUUGCUGCAUAUGACAAGGAGUCAGAUUCCGUCUUGAUUCUGGACACUGCGAGAUUCAAAUAUGGUGCUCAUUGGACGAAGCUUCCUUUGAUUUACGAGGCCAUGAAACCACUUGACAAAUCUUCGGGCAAACCACGCGGCUAUGCAUUGCUAUCCUUUGUUCCAGAACACAAGACAGACAACAUAGCUAUUGAUACAAUGGCAACAACGCAUGGUGAUAACAAAUCAUCUGGUCCGACAAACACCAAUCAGCUAUCAACGCAGCCUGCCUCUAUUUUGUUUCGAUCCAAAAUGAACCAAAAGGGUCGGCGGCAACUCUAUAAAGAAUACAUCAAGUCCUUGCGGGAAGAAACGUAUGAACAAGGAGAUAUCCCAUACUCUGCCGUGCGGUCUUAUUGGUGCAAAGAUACACAUGGACCCAUAUCCGUGUGGGAAAUCAUUGUGCCCACACGGCUACACAACGAGAAGGAAAAGGAAUUGCUCCGCCAGAUACGAAGAUUGCUCGCGGAACUGAAAGACCGGACGAUGAACGAAGCGAUCCCGGAAUCGAUCGAAGGCAACAACGAUAACAACCGUCGGAAAGAGGGCUGCACGGCCUACGAUCUUUGCGACAACGCACCCGUCCGAUCUACGAACCACACUGCGUACGUCAGCGCGGAAGAAACUUUGUACCUGAUCUAUCUCGCCACGCUAUCGGAAGAACGAAGGUACAACUAUAUUAUGAACUUCGAAUCCGAGGCAUCGGACAUCGCACGGAAACAGAUCAUCACGGAAGCCGAUAUGAUCGCAAGCGCCAUCAAAGUGAGCGAUCAGCUAACAUCUUUGUGAAAAAAGCUCGCGUUGAAAGAAAGGAAUUCUUCUCAGGCGAUCAAUAAUCCCCAUUAUUUAAAAGAAGUAGAAGAGUAAUCGUUGUUUUGGGAAUGCUAUCAUUUUAAUUUUGUCAAGUGCGUAUUAGAAGUAAAGCCUUCUCUGUAGU